CGCGUCACGGGCCCGCCCUGGCUCGGGGGCGGUGCGGCCCCGGCGAAAGUUCCGGGCCGGACGAGGAGGGUGCAGGUUGCACUGGACUGACCCUAUGGCGGAGAAAUUGGAUCCCCGAGAUUCAGAGAGCAGCUGGGUGCUGGCAGGCAGUGAGGGUCUGCCCAUUGAUACGGUGGGUCCAGAGCAGGACUCAACCUCCCAUGGGUCUGACGAUGAGGAACUGGAGGAGGAGAAGGAUGAAGGCACCAAUGAGACAAUCACAGCUGUGACCACCAAUGGUGCCACUACCUUUCCCAGCCAGACCUUGUGCCCUGAGGGCAGCAGGCAGGGGGACCCAGAGGAGUGUGAGGACUCCAAGGAGUGGGCAGUGCCUGCCCUGCAUGACUCUGCAGAGCCCAGCAGGUUGGAAGGCAACGAGCAGGAGGAGCCAAAUGCUGAGGCUGAGCCACAGCCCUGCCCUGACACCCCCCAAGCAGGGCCAACAGUGGAGGACGUGUGCUGUACCAGCAGUGACAGUGACAUGGAGGGGCUGCGGUGGCGGCAGGGCCACAAGCCCCAUGCUGGGCCCCCCACUGUCACCCCUGCCCCACACCAGGGAGCACCAGACAGUGGUGAUGAUGGGCUCAGUAUGAGCAAGUACCUGCUGGGUGCCUUGGCAGUGGUUGCUGUGGGGCUGCUGAUCAUUACUGGUGGUAUCUACGACGUGGCAGAUGACCCUGUGGAGAGUAUGAGGAGCUGGGACUUUGCUGCUGGGGAGCAAGAGUCUCUGCUGUCCAUAGACAGCAAUGACUCUGAGCAGAAGCUCCCUCUGCCAGAUGCUGGGGACUCACAGAGUGUGCAGUCCAUGAGCCAACUCCUGGACAAGCUGGCCAAAGAGAACCAGGAGAUCCGGCUCAUGCAGGCAGAGCUACAGGCCCACAAGGAAGAUCUGCGGGCACUGCUGCACAAGAGUGAGGGUGAGGCAGCAGCAGCCGGAGCGCAGCAGCAGAGCCUGGCCGCGGAAAACGCGCGGCUGCGCGCGGCGCUGGAGCGGGAGGUUGCCGCGCUGCGGGAGGCCCGGGCUGAGCUGCGGCGCCUGCAGGCUCCAGGGGCACCAGGCAGCCCCAGGGAGCCAACAGCAGAGCAGCCACGUGCCACAGGUGCACCAGUGCAUGGCAAGGCUGCGGCACGGCGGCACAGCAGUCUGGAGUCGUUGCGGCGGGAGCUAGCGGACACCCUGGACCGUGCGCGGGGCUCUGGGGAUCACAAGGGGCUUGUGGAGGAGCUAAGCACCCUGGAGCAGCACCUGGCCCAGGUGCUGGAGGCAGAGGGGUUGGGAUCCUUCUCCACACCCUGGAAGAAGCCAUUCAAGGUGGAGAAGGAGAGCAAGUGGCACAAGCAGCAUGGCGCCAGGGGGUCCCCCCAUGAGCAGGAGAGGAGAGAACAUGGCAAACCCCACAAGAAGGAUCCCCGAACCCCCCGUGAGCACAAGCCAGGCAAACCCUGGGGGAAGCCGUCUCACAGCCACCCCCAUCACAACCACCCCCAGCAUGGUUCCCAUGAGUUGCCCUGGCUCAGGCGGUACCGGGCACCACAGGGCUGUUCUGGGGUGACUGACUGUGCCCACAAGGAAGGCCGGGAAGUGCUUGGGGCUGCACUGGAGCCAGUGCAGAAGGUGCAGUUCCUGCAACUGCUGGAGAGCUUCAUGGGGCAGCUGGGCUUGGGGAGACAAUUUGGAAGGCUGGCACCACAGCUUGAUGGAGCCUUUAGAGCUGAUGGUGUCUUUGCCCAUGACCGCCUGCGGUUUGUGGAUUUUGUGGAUGAUGUGGAGGACCUGCUUGAGGACGUGGCAUGGCAGGAGUGGGGCAACAAGGAGGCAGUUGAUGGCUUUGAGGAGUACAUGCUGCGGCACUACAGCGGCACCUCCGGGAAUGUGUGGAGCCAGAGAGCCCCGAGGCAGCAUGGCACACGUGGGUAGAGCCAAGGGGGCAGUAGUGGAGGAGUGUAGUGUGCCAGCACCCCCAGCAAGGGCUCCCCACAUGCUGUUUGUGGGGGUCUGGGAGCUACCACUGUACCCUGUAGGGCCAAGUAGGGCCACAUCCCCAACUAAAUGCACUGUGUGAUGCUGCACUGCCACCAUGAAUAAAGUCACUACUGGGCA